UCACGCGGAUAGGUGUGAGAGAGUAAAUGACGUAGGUUCCGUUAUUUAAGAACCCUUGAGAGGUUCCCACACACCACAAGAGAGAGAGAGAUAGAGAUAGAGAACAUGGGAAGAGAAGAAGAAGAUGACAACAAAGGAGGAGGUGAGAUGGCGUCAUCUUUCUUGGACGGUACGGGGUUGGUUUGUGUAACGGGAGGGACUGGUUUCGUUGCUUCUUGGCUCAUCAUGCGUCUCUUACAACGUGGCUACUCCGUUCAUGCCACUGUUCGAACCAACCCAGAAGGGAAUAAGAAAGAUAUAAGCUACCUAACCGAACUCCCAUUUGCAUCGGAGAGGCUUAAAAUAUUCACCGCCGAUCUCAACGAACCCGAGAGCUUUAAACCGGCCAUCGAAGGAUGCAAAGCCGUGUUCCACGUGGCACAUCCCAUGGACCCGAACAGCAACGAGACCGAGGAGAUCGUUACCAAACGCACCGUGCAAGGUCUCAUGGGAAUACUAAAGUCGAGUGUAGAUUCUAAAACCGUGAAACGAUUUUUCUACACCUCAAGCGCCGUCACCGUUUUUUACGGCGUCGGAAGCGGUGCUGGAGGAAACGGAGGAGAGGUGGAUGAGAGCGUUUGGAGCGACGUGGAGGUGUUUAGGAAUCAGGAGGAGAAGAGAGUUAGUAGCUCUUACGUUGUGUCAAAAAUGGCGGCCGAGACGGCGGCGCUUGAGUUUGGAGGGAAUAAUGGAUUGGAGGUUGUGACGGUCGUGCUUCCUCUAGUCGUCGGACCCUUCAUAUGUCAGUCGUUGCCUUCUUCCGUCUUUAUCUCUCUCGCCAUGAUCUUUGGGAAUUACAAGGAGAAGUAUUUGUUCGAUACUUACAACAUGGUGCAUAUUGAUGACGUUGCAAGAGCAAUGAUAUUUCUACUAGAAAGACCAGUAGCAAAAGGUAGAUACAUAUGUUCGUCGGUGGAGAUGAAGAUCGAUGAGAUCUUUGAGUUGUUGUCCACGAAAUUUCCUCAGUUUCAGUUACCUUCAGUUGAUUUGAAGAGUUAUAGAGUAGAGAAAAGGAUGAGCCUGUCGUCGAAGAAGCUGAGGAGUGCAGGGUUCGAGUUUAAGUAUGGAGCCGACGAAAUAUUCACUGGAGCUAUAAAGAGCUGCCAAACAAGAGGCUUUCUUUAAACUCUUUAUGGGGGGACUUUGGGUUAAAAAUUUGUAUAUGAAUUGAAAAUAUCAAUUUCUUUUAUUGGCCAUUUCCGUUUUGUAAGAUGUUCUUAAUUGUUGAUGAAACAUUAAAAAAAAAUGUUUCUACUUUAUAUAUUCUAAUUUUGAUUAAUUAA